AUGUCGACAGCCAACGACAACCCUCAAGCCAUCACGCUGCGCAUCCCCUCCAAAUAUGCUUCAGGAUCAUCUUCAUCGUCCUCCGCCCCCUCAACCCCACCCCUAGAAUGGCUCCACCGCACCUGGACAGUAACCCACUCCACCCUCACGAUGUGGCGCACAGCCCGCAACGUCCGCAUAACCUACACCCCGCUCCCGCCCACCGGCGGCACCGGCGACAGCGCCCGCCCGCGCGUCGACGACCUGGUGCAGUACGAGAAGACGUCCGGCAAGGGCGGCGUCAAGACCGUCUCGGGCGUCGACACCGCGGCGUCUGCCGGGAGCACGGGCAGCUGGGACUGGCGCGGCAAGGGGCUGCUCGGGUUCGUCACGAGCCACUGGGAGGUCCUCGGGUGGGGGGAGCGGGACGCCGCCGAGGGCGAGGGGGAAAGGGAGAGGUGGGCUGUCACUUGGUUCGCGCCUACGCUGUUCACCAAGGAGGGCAUCGACCUGUACAGUGACCGCAAGGGGGGCAUGAGCCCCGCGCUCGCGGGUGAGAUACUUGCUGCGCUCAAGGGGCUGGGCGCCGCGCCGCUUGUGCAGAUGGUUGAGGCGGAUAUGAGGGAGGUUGAGGUCCGCCUGCCUUGGUUGGAAGGAUAG